UGAAUGGGUGCUCUGGAAGCCCCGCCUUUUCCGGUGGUCGCGCGAUCCAAUGAAAGCGCACAGUGCGGCGCGAUGGUUAGGAACGUAAUCCGCCGUCGUGUCGGGAUUGGAAUGUAACAGUGUAACAAUCGGAACAACUGAGCAAAUGGUGAUUAGGAAGCACGGGCUGAGCAGCUCGGUCCGCGGGAUUUUCCUGGGCAAACCGCCGGCGACACAAGACGCACCAAGUCUCUCUCUCUCUCUCUCUCUCUCUCUCUCUCUCAGUGUCUCGUGCUGUGCUGUGCUGUGCUUCAGUCCCGCGCUGCUCUGCUCAUGAAAGGAAUUACUUCUUGCCCGUGACGAGAUCAAAGGAAUAAGAGUAUCUGUAUGUACCUACGAUGCAGGGCUUUGUACGGUUAGUGUCUUUAGGAUGAACUGAUCUCCACCUUUCAUAGUUUAGGGAAAGGAUUUACAGACCUCCAGAAAGAGAGAUCUAGUGGACUUCUUCUCCUCCUCCUCCUCCUCAUCAUCAUCAUCAUAGUCAGUCUGUUCUCCAGCGGGAUUAAAAGUGUCCAGUUUCUACUCCAUGGAAGUUCACAGAUAAGUCUGAAAAAAAAAAAAAAAAACAGACUUGUGGUCGGUGUAAGAUUUUAAAGUGCGAAGUGAGUCAGUGAGAAACACCCCGGGGUUUGUUUACAGGCGAUGGGGCGCCGUGAUGUGCUCCGACUAGUCAGCCGAGGGAGAGUGCGGGAAUAGCCGGCACAGUCGCCCACAUGCGCUGGAUCAGCGGCUCGCCACGGGAUCGGUAUCCGAAGCAGAGGGAAGCUCAGGCGGCUCGGGGAUCAUGGCGGAGCGGCGUGGCAGUAGCGAUCGGAGGCGGUGCUGAGAGCCAAACUUGGAGAUUUUGUUCGCAGGCGUUCGGCUCUCGGGACCCAUGCAGGCCAAAAAGCGCUACCUGGUUUCGCUUCUCACGGGCGCCUUCCUGCUGCUGCUCUUUUACCUGGCGGGUGUCCCGGUGUCUCCGGGCGCGAGGAGCCGGCAUGAUCGCAGAGGUCACGGCCACCGGCGCUCCGAGCACCAGCCGCCGCUCCUCCAGCAGCAGCACCAGCAGCCCUGGCCGCACUUCUCGGACCCUUUAAACUCGUUCAGCCCGUGGGACCAACCCGACACGGACGAGUCCAACAUCCACAUGUCUCCCAGGCAGAAGCGCGACGUGCACGCCAGCGUGUUUAAAGGCAAGCGCUGCCGCAUGGACUCGUGCUUCGACUUCUCGCUGUGUCGCCGGAGCGGCUUCAAGGUCUACGUGUACCCGCAGCAGAAGGGCGAGAAGAUCUCCGAGAGCUACCAGAACAUCCUGGCUACGAUCGAGAACUCGCGUUUUUACACGUCCGACCCGGGCCAGGCGUGCGUCUUCGUGCUGAGCUUGGACACGUUGGACCGCGACCAGCUCUCCCCGCAGUACGUGCAUAACCUGCGCGCCAAGGUGCAGAGCCUGCCGCUGUGGAACGACGGCAGGAACCACCUGAUCUUCAACUUGUACUCGGGCACCUGGCCCGACUACACCGAGGACCUGGGCUUCGACAUCGGCCAGGCCAUGUUAGCCAAGGCCAGCAUCAGCACGGAGACCUUCCGGCCGCGCUUCGACGUCUCCAUCCCGCUUUUCCCCAAGGAGCACCCGAAGACCGGUGGCGAGAGGGGAUUCCUCAAGUACAACACCAUCCCACCCUUUCGGAAGUACAUGCUGGUGUUUAAGGGCAAGAGGUAUCUGACCGGGAUCGGGUCGGACACCAGGAACGCUUUAUAUCAUGUUCAUAACGCAGAGGAUGUGGUUCUGCUGACCACAUGUAAACACGGGAAGGACUGGCAGAAGCACAAGGAUGCGCGCUGCGACCGGGACAAUGCGGAGUACGACAAAUACGACUACCGUGAAAUGCUUCACAACUCCACCUUCUGUCUCGUGCCCCGAGGACGAAGAUUGGGCUCUUUUCGCUUCCUGGAGGCAUUGCAGGCAGCCUGUGUUCCCGUCAUGCUAAGUAACGGGUGGGAGCUUCCCUUCUCCGAGGUCAUCGACUGGAACACGGGCGCUGUGAUCGGAGACGAAAGGCUUCUCUUGCAGAUCCCCUCCACGGUGCGCUCCAUCCAUCAGGAUAAGAUCUUGGCUUUGAGGCAGCAGACUCAGUUCCUGUGGGAGGCCUACUUCUCAUCAGUGGAGAAGAUUGUACUUACCACCCUAGAAAUCAUUCAGGACCGGGUUCUUCAGCACACCUCACACAGUAGUGUCAUGUGGAACACUCAUCCAGGAGGUCUCUUCACGCUGCCCCAGUACUCCUCAUAUCUGGGCGACUUUCCUUUCUACUACGCCGGGCUUGGGAUCAAACCGUACCCUAAGUUCACCGCAGUCAUCCACGCUGUCACCCCACUGGUGUCUCAGUCUCAGCCCAUUCUCAAGCUCCUGACAUCCGUGGCCAAGUCCCAGUACUGCGCUCAGAUUAUCGUAUUGUGGAACUGUGACAAGCCUUUACCUGCCAAGCACCGAUGGCCCGCCACGUCCGUGCCUGUCGUAGUCAUCGAGGGAGAGAACAAGGUGAUGAGCAGCCGUUUUCUGCCCUAUGAGAGCAUCCUCACUGAUGCUGUGCUGAGUCUGGAUGAGGACACGGUGCUCUCAACCACAGAGGUGGAUUUUGCCUUCACGGUUUGGCAAAGUUUCCCGGAGAGGAUUGUGGGAUACCCUGCCCGCAGUCAUUUCUGGGACAGUAAUAAGGAGCGCUGGGGCUACACAUCCAAAUGGACCAAUGAUUACUCCAUGGUUCUGACUGGGGCUGCCAUCUACCACAGAUAUUACCAUUACCUGUACACCCAGUUCCUGCCCAGCAGCCUGAAGAACAUGGUGGAUCAGCUCGCUAACUGCGAAGACAUCCUGAUGAACUUCUUGGUGUCGGCCGUUACGAAGCUGCCACCCAUCAAAGUGACACAGAAGAAGCAGUACAAGGAGACCAUGAUGGGACAGUCAUCCCGGGCGUCUCGCUGGGCAGAUCCAGACCACUUCGCCCAGCGCCAGACCUGCAUGAACAAAUUCGCCAGCUGGUUUGGCUCUAUGCCUCUGGUCCAUUCGCAAAUGAGGCUGGAUCCGGUCCUGUUUAAAGACCAGGUCUCUAUCCUUCGCAAGAAAUACAGGGAAAUCGAGCGUCUCUGACCAGAAGAGCGCCCCCUACUGAGCGCACAGCAGGGGGCACUGGGAUACUCAGUGGAGAACAGGAGGGCGGAGACCCAGGAAUCGGCCGGCACCAAUCCUCCUCUUCAUUCCACUUAGUGUGAACUCUUAGUGACUAGUCUGGCAGAAUGUCGAGCACUCUCUGGGUGCUUUCAUACGUACAAGCAUACACACCCGGAGCACACUUUUGACCACAAGACAUUUUGAAAGAAUGUUUUUUUUUUUUUUUUUUUUAAAUGAAUGCCGUAAGGGACAGACGAUCCUCGCCAGCACACGAGAGAAUAUGGGAGAAGGCAGGAGGGAUGCAUUGCAUCGAGCGUGUCUUCACGCACUUCUACAGUACAUUAAACUACAUCAGGAUCUGAAUCACAAUUCAUCUUUAGCUCCUAGUUUCAGGAAGGUUCUGACAUUUCCAUGUGUCUCGCAUUCUUCACACCUCGCACACGAAGACCUGGAGACGAGAUAGUUUUUUUUUUUUUCUAUGUGUACACUUUACAUAUCUUAUAACAGCUGGUUCUUAUUUUAUAUGAUCAUUUCAGUACUACAUAAGCAGGAUACAUAUUAUAUGGGAAGAAGUCACAUGAUCAGAAUUCAAGGGGAAUUUUUGCGCACACAAAAAAAUAUAUUCUUAAUUUUCACAUCACUGGUGUCUAAAAGAAAGUCUGUUUAACAUGAGGAUUUCUUUCUUUCUUUUUUUCUUUAAAUCUGUAUUCCUUUAGUGCCAAGAUUGCUAAUUGCCACUUGCUGCGAUUCUAGACUUCUAUGCAUUGAAUUUCCUUGACCAGUUCUGACUUGUACGAUGUCUCUCGAAAAGCCAAAAUGUGUUGGAGAAUCGAGUCAUCUGUUUUGAUUAACCGGGCCAAUGAAGCUGCCUAAAUGGCGCUCCUAAAGCACUCUGUGCUGAUCGGGACACGAUUCGUUGUGUAUCCUAGGCCAAAUACCACCGCAGAGUUGUUAAAGAACAAGCUGGAGUCAUGACGCCGCCUCAUUUGUUCACCUUUUAUAGCGUUCACUGUGAUGCACAUCCACGUACACACUGCCUGUGCACAAAUUUGUGUUUUCUUUUUAAGUUGCAUGAGGGAAAUGGUAUCACGGAAAUGGAUAGAUGAUGACGGCGAUGAUGAUGGUCAGACCUUUGCACUUCUCUGCAGUGCUGUUAGGUAUCAGAGCAGAGCUCUUCCCCACUCUCUCUCACAAGUCCUUGAACAUGGGAACAGUGUGCUUUAGUGGCCUUUUUUUGUUUUGUUUAUGGAAGGUGAAUAGGAUUUAGUGAGCCAGCUGUGAGCCAAAGUCAUUUUUUUUCUCUCAGCCUCUCCUUAUUCUCUUAACCACAGCGACCAUUACAAACAACUCAUGCUCUUAAACUUAAACACUACAUUGAAUUUUUACAGUAUAUUCAACAUCCACUUAAAUUUCAAAUGUUUCCAUAAUAGAAUCUUUUUAACAGCAAAGAAUUUACUGUUCUGUUGUGUUCUUUUUUGAAAAAAAAUUGUAUUCUUUCCUUUUUAGGCUAUUUUAUGUUUACAGAAUACAUACAGUACAUACGUGUAAUUAUCGAGACAAUUCCAGAUAGAGAAGUGACUGUUUUAGGUAAUCGAGCUAAAAAAAUUUAAACACCCCGAAUUGAAUCUGAAGCUCUUCUGCAUGUAUGCGUGCCUGUCUGACGGCUCUCGACUGUCUUGAUCUGGGAUUUUAUAAGGAUCCAUUAUUACACCGGUUGAGGCUUUGAUUUGCAGCACCACGUGUUACGAAAGCGGAGUAAAGACUGUUUAGCCGUAUUUAAUUUCUCCAUCCAUUUUUCUUUUAAACAUGACGGAUGGCUAUAAUUAAAGAGUAAUAGAUAAUUUAGCUGGCAGGAAACACUGAUGCACAUAUGAAGAAAUCUUUCUAGAUUUAAUUCAUCUAUGAUUGAAGUGACUUGUUCCAGCCAUCUCGUUUGAGGAACACUGUCUUGCUGGAGAUAUGUGUAUAUUUUUUUGAGAAUAUCUGUAAUAUUCUCACACGCUCGCACAGACUGAAUGUUCUGACAUUUGUACAGCAUUUUGUACAAAAUGUGCUCUUUUUUUCUUUUCGGCUCAAACCUACUAAAGGACGUCCUGCUCAUCUGAACGUGCCCUUUACCUAGGGGUUGGUGAUGAGUAAAAAUUCCGAAUCAGCCAAUGAUUGUGAUUUCACACAGUGUUAACAAUUUGUUCCGACACUUUUAUCAUUCACUGGCACCUUCUAUUUUAAGGCUCAGCCUGCUGCUGCUGCAUAAUCUGUCACCAAAGACUUGUGGUAACCAGCAGCCAUAAGGAAAAUGAUUAUCUCCAGCCAGUGUGUUUUUUUUUAUAUAUAUUUUUCAUAUUGAGGUCAUUUUCUGCCUUUUUGUUUUGUUUUAUUUUGUUUUUACAAUGUUUUGUUCAGAUAAUUCUAGGUCUGAGAGAUUUCCUUUAUAAAGCUACAGUACAACUAGCAUCAAGUAUGAAUGAGAUUUUUUUCCCCUUUUUUUGUGUCUUUUUUUUUUCCUUAAAUCUCCUGCAUCACCUUGAUUAGCAAUAAGUAAAACAGCACUUAAGAAUCGUGACCGGGCAUGAGCAGUGACCUUUGCCGUGAUUGUGCCUUUGAUUAAAUUUGGGCUCUGAAUUUAUGACCACUUCACGUUAAUGAUGAAAAACGUAACAUGCCGCAUCAUAAGCAGCUUUAUCUUCACUUACACUGGAGGCUCUUUGAGAGCUCUCGUUGGUUCCGUUUCACAUCUGCAGGACUUGCAUGACCACUUUGGACUACUUCCUCAUCAGCAUCUGAGAACUGCUUUU